CAGGGAGAGCCGGGUCCAGAUGGAGCAGUGGGGUUUCCUGGUGUGCAGGGCCCUCAGGGAAACCCUGGACUAAUUGGACCUAGAGGACCAAAAGGUGACCCUGGAGAUCAAGGAGAUGAAGGUGAAAUUGGUGAACCUGGCUCUCCUGGACUGAAUGGGGACAUUGGAGAAUCAGGGAAGCCUGGACCCUCAGGGUGCCAAAGCCCGAAAAGGUGAGAAAGGAAGCACAGGGUUUAACGGAGACCUGGGACCUCAAGGGCCUCCAGGAAAACAGGGAGUGAAAGGGCGUAAGGGCCCAACAGGGCUGCAGGGACUGGAAGGACCAAGAGGACUGAUGGGACUUCCUGGACCUGCUGGAACGGAUGGCAUCAUGGGAGAGCCAGGGAGGCUGGGGAAAGAAGGGUCCAAGGGAGAUCAAGGACAGAGUGGCAAUCAGGGAAGUCCUGGCUCAAGAGGUGACAAGGAAGUGACUCUCCACCUCUGA